AGCCGCUGGAGAACGAGUCCGAGCCGGGCAAGGCCGGGAAAGGCUGGAAGGGAGAGCCCGACCUGGAGGAGCUGGACCUGGACACGGCAGAGCCCCUCUGGUCGGAGUGGGGUCCGUGGGGUCCGUGUUCCCGCAGCUGCGGCAGCGCCGGGACCCGCGAGCGGCGCCGGAGCUGCAAAACCGCCAAGAGCCCCCCGUGCCCGGGCCCUGCCACCGAGACACAGAAAUGUCCCCACUCACCUUGCCCAGGUAACCCCCAGGUGACCCCAGCCCAGGGCCAGCCGAGCUGCCGGCCGGAGCCGGAGCCCAGCCUGGUGGAGCUGCCCCGCGAGUGCCCGCAGGACUCCGGCGGCUCCCGUUACUACGACGUGGGGCGCUGCCCGGCCUCGCCGUGCCCGGGCGACCCCUCCGAGCCCUCGGGCUGCGGGCAGAGCUCGGGGCUGUGCUGCGGGGUGCGCAGGAUGGAGCUGCGGCAGGUGCCGUGCGCCGGCUCCCUGCUGCCCCUCAAGGUGGUCACCGAGUGCGGCUGCGGGCCCUGCGCCCAGCCCCGGGUGUUGGUGCGGGGCCGGGUGACGGCGGCCGACACCGGGGAACCGCUGCGCUUCGGCCACAUCUUCCUGGGGGCCACCAAGGUGGGCUUCACCGGCUACCAGGGCUCCUUCACCAUCGAGGUGCCGCCCGACACGCAGCGCCUGGUGGCUCGCUUCGUGGACGGCCAGCAGCGCUUGGUGGACGCCGUCAAGGUGCUGCCCUUCGACCCGCGAGGAGGAGCGGUGUACCACGAGGUGAAGAUGCUGCGCAAGAAGGAGCCGGUGGAGCUGGACGGCGGCCGGAGCAACUCCAUCCCCCUGGGCGAGGCCGGCGGCCGGGAGCCCGUCGGGGAGCUGCUGCUGCCGGCCGGGGUUUUCCUGCGGCCGUCCGGAGAGGUUUUUAACGGCACGGUCCAAGCCAGCGUCACCUUCGUGGACCCGCGGGAUGUGAGCACGGCCAGCGCCGCCUCCAGCGACCUGAGCUUCGCCAACGCCGAGGGGGAAAUCGUCCCCCUGCGCACCUACGGGAUGUUCGCCGUGGAUUUCCGCGAGGGCGGCAGCGGCGCGGAGCUGCAGGCGGGGCCGGUGCAGGUGAGGAUGGACGCGGGGCAGGUGUGGAUGCCGGAGCACCUGAAGAAGAUGAAGUUGUGGUCCUUGAACCCCGAGAGCGGGCUGUGGGAGGAGGAGGGAGUGCUGCGGCUGGCCGGCGGCCGGAGGAAGAGGGAGGAGAGGACCUUCCUGGUGGGCAACCUGGAGAUCCGCGAGCGGCGCCUCUUCAACCUGGACGUGCCCGAGGAUCGCCGCUGCUUCGUCAAGGUCAGGGCCUACAGCAACGAGAAGUUCAACCCCUACGAGCAGCUGGAAGGGGUGGUCAUCAACCUCAUCAACCUGGAGCCCCAGCCCGGCUUCCCCAGCAACCCGCGGGCCUGGGGCCGCUUCGACAGCGUGGUCACCGGCCCCAACGGCGCCUGCUUGCCCGCCUUCUGUGAUGGCCGGCGCCCCGACGCCUACACGGCCCUGGUGACGGCCACGCUGGGCGGCGAGGAGCUGGAAGCCGUGGCCUCCAGCCCCAAGCUGAACCCCAACGCCGUGGGGGUGGCGCAGCCCUACCUGGGCAAGCUGGGCUACCGGCGCUCGGACCACGAGGACGCGGCGCUGAAGAAGACGGCGUUCCAGAUCAACGUGGCCAAACCCGACCCCAACGACCCCGACGAGAGGAACGGGCCCGUCUACUCCUACCGGAGCCUCCGGGAGUGCGAGGAGGCGCCGGUCGGGGCCAACCACCUGCGCUUUUACCGCGUGGAGGUGGACAGGUACGAGUACAACGUGGUGCCCUUCAAGGAGAGCGACGUCACCUCCUGGACCGGCGAUUACCUGGCGUGGUGGCCCAACCCGCAGGAGUUCCGGGCGUGCUUCAUCAAGGUGCGGCUGGAGGGGCCGCAGGAGUACAUGGUGAGGUCGCGGAACGUCGGGGGCAGCCACCCCCGCACGCGGGGACAGCUCUACGGGCUGCGGGACAGCCGGAGCGUGCGGGAUCCGCUGCUGGGCGAUGCCUCGGGAGCCUGCGUGGAGUUCAAGUGCGGGGGGAUGCUCUUCGACCAGAGCCUGGCCGACAGGACCUUGGUGUCCAUCGUGCCGCAGGGCAGCUGUCGCCGCACGGCCAUCAACGGGCUCCUGCGGGACUACCUGAGCCGCCACCCGCCGCUGGCCGACAACAACCACACCGGGGCCUUCUCCAUGCUGGCCCCGCUGGACCCGCUGGGCCACAACUACGGCAUCUACACCGUGACGGACCAGAACCCGCGGCUGGCCAAGGAAAUCGCCAUCGGCCGCUGCUUCGCGGGCACCUCGGAUGGGUUUUCCAGGGAGAUGAGAGCUGCGGAGGGCACGGCCGUCACCUUCAGCUGCCAGGAGCGGCCGCCGGGCAGGGAGAGCUUCUUCCAGCGCCUGCUGAGCGCCCCGGCCGAGGCUCUGCAGGAGAUCCGCAGGGAGAUGGGGAGAUCCGAGCUGCGCCGCGCCGCCCCCGAGGUGAUGGACUUCGCCUCCGGAGCCCCCACGGGCACCCGCCGGAGCCCCGGCGGCCAGCGGAGAGCGGGCCGGCAGCGGGGACAGCCCUGA